AUGUCAUCAGAUUGGAUUGUUGACGAAGAACACGUAGCUAAACUUGAAUUAAAAUUAAAGCAGUUGAAGGAAAAAAAGGUUACCAGUACAGAAAUAAUCAAACAAUUAGAGGAGAUUAAUUUUUUUCAACUAUCUUGUGAUAACGUUGAGUUAGGUUUUGAAGACAAUUUUGUGGACGAUAAAGUUGUUGAUAAUUCUUGGAUAAAGAAAAAAAUUACUCCAUAUAACUGCGCUGUGUUGAAUAGUGAAUUAUUAAAAUUACCGGAACACGAUAGUCUUGAAAAAAAAUAA